GCUUUCGGUUUGCGCUCCCGGGGCGGUGGGUGUGGAUGCGUGUUCGCCGCCUUCACCUGCCACCAUGGGACAAGUGACUGGGAUACAGCAUCCCGGCUCUCAGCCGCUCUUGAAGGGUGCCAGUGCAGCGCCUUUCUAACAGAAAAAUUGCAAGACCUAGUCCAAGGAACGCCCAGAUUCACCAGUUGUUGGUGUACACGCUUGUUCAAACUUACUGAGCUGACUACUUAAGAUCUGGGCAUUUUACGGUUUUCUACUAACAAAAGACCAUGACUACUGAUGAAGGUGCCAAGAACAAUGGAGAAAACCCAGCAGCAGCUGUGGCUGAACGCGGAGAGGAUAUUACCUCUAAAAAAGAUAGAGGAGUAUUAAAGAUUGUCAAAAGAGUGGGAAAUAGUGAGGAAAUGCCAAUGAUUGGAGACAAAGUUUAUGUCCAUUACAAAGGAAAAUUGUCAAAUGGGAAGAAAUUUGAUUCCAGUCAUGAUAGAAAUGAACCGUUUGUCUUUAGUCUUGGCAAAGGUCAAGUUAUCAAAGCAUGGGACAUUGGGGUGGCUACCAUGAAGAAAGGAGAGAUCUGCCAUUUACUGUGCAAACCAGAAUACGCAUAUGGCUCUGCUGGCAGUCUCCCCAAAAUUCCCUCGAAUGCAACUCUCUUUUUUGAGAUUGAGCUCCUCGAUUUCAAAGGAGAGGAUUUAUUUGAAGAUGGAGGCAUUAUCCGAAGAAUCAAACAGAAAGGAGAAGGAUAUUCAAACCCAAACGAAGGAGCUACAGUAGAAAUCCACCUGGAAGGCCGCUAUAAUGGAAGGAUGUUUGAUUGUAGAGAUGUGGUAUUCAUCGUUGGGGAAGGAGAAGACCAUGACAUUCCAAUUGGAAUUGACAAAGCCCUGGAGAAAAUGCAGCGGGAAGAACAGUGUAUUUUAUAUCUUGGACCACGAUAUGGUUUUGGAGAGGCAGGGAAGCCUAAGUUUGGCAUUGAGCCUAAUGCUGAGCUGAUAUAUGAAGUUACACUGAAGAGCUUCGAAAAGGCCAAAGAAUCCUGGGAGAUGGACACCAAAGAAAAACUGGAGCAGGCUGCCAUUGUCAAAGAGAAGGGAACUGUGUACUUCAAGGGAGGCAAGUACAUGCAGGCAGUGAUUCAAUAUGGGAAGAUCGUAUCCUGGUUAGAGAUGGAAUAUGGCUUAUCAGAGAAGGAAUCUAAAGCUUCUGAAUCAUUUCUGCUGGCUGCCUUCCUGAACCUGGCCAUGUGCUACCUGAAGCUUAGAGAAUACACCAAAGCUGUUGAAUGCUGUGAUAAGGCCCUUGGACUAGACAGUGCCAACGAGAAGGGCUUGUACAGAAGGGGGGAAGCCCAGCUGCUCAUGAACGAGUUUGAGUCGGCCAAGGGCGACUUUGAGAAAGUGUUGGAAGUUAAUCCCCAGAAUAAGGCAGCGCGACUACAGAUUUCCAUGUGCCAGAAAAAGGCAAAGGAGCACAAUGAGCGGGACCGCAGGAUAUAUGCCAACAUGUUCAAGAAGUUUGCAGAGCAGGAUGCAAAGGAAGAGGCCAGUAAGGCAGUGGGCAAGAAGACUACAGAAGGGGUCGUCAGCCGUGAAAAAGAACCAGAGGGGCAAGCGAUGGAAGAGAAAGCCGGAGGCCACGUAUGACACCACGCCAAGGAGGGAAGAGCCCUGAUGAACUCGGCCCCCUCCUCCAUGGGCUUUCACCCUACUCAGGACUAAACAGUGUUUAAUGUAAAGUUUAUUAUAGUCUGUGUGAUUCUGGAAGCAAAUGGCAAAACCAGUGGCUUCCCAGAAAACAGCCACCCUGCUGCUGCCCAGUGCUCUCCUCGAGGGGGUGGCAUGGGACCACUCCAGGUGGAACAAAACGGAAAUGACUGUUGGUGUGGCAAGGCUGAGCCAACAGCUCGAGUCCAGCUCAUUUCAGUUUAUGUCAGCCUUUGACAUCUAAUUCAGGGUCCCUUGAGAUAAUCCUAACAAUUUGGGGCUGUCUGUCAGGUUUUACAUUCGAUUGAACUUCAGUAGCACUGCGGAAACCUAAAAAUAAUUGCUUAAUGAGUUUCUCCUUUCCUACAGUUGGGUGGGGGAGAGGAGGAGAAGGUUUGGCUUUUUUAAAUGACUGAAGUGCUAGCAUUUUUUAACCAACAGAACCCACAGGUGAGGCGUCUGGAAUCCCCUCAGGUCCUCAGCAGCCGCCAGACUUGAAAGCCAGAACCUCAGAGGCCACCGGCUCACUGACUCAGCCAAACUCCCUCCUCCCUAAGCCAGCCUCCUCGGGAGAGUGGGUUUCUCCUGCACCCAGCCUGGCCCUGGAGGAGGGACCCUGUCAUUCCCAAAACAUUCUUUAGCGACAGUAAUGAGCAGAGCAGUGUGUGGGCUAGCUUUCCCUGCCUUAGGUGAAGCUCUGAGAUGCCGAAGCGUGAAAAUAGCCGUCAGAAUUGUGCUUUCCCCCCUCCUCUGGCCCUUCUAGGAGAAAUGUGGAGGACAGCCCUGCCUGCCAGCAUUGCUACCGUUCACUUUCUUCUUUCCAUUCUGACCAUUGCUAUUACGUAUUUAAGACUUGUUCUUAGGAUAUCUGACCUGGAGUGGAUUUAGUUACAUAUCCACUUAGGAUCGCCGCGGCUUUUGUUUUUGUCUUUUAAAAAUUACUGCCUUGUAAACAUGUAUACUGAUUUAUGGAACUUUAUUUACACUCCUCUAUCAUGCAAAAAAAAAUCGACUUUUUACUACUAUGAGUAGCUUAAUUUUUAAAAACAAAAUCUGUGGAGUUGUAAAAAUAAGUAGUUGCUCUUGUGCAUUAAGGGUUUUCCUCGCAGGUUUGGCACGCAGUAGCUUUCCCCUCCUGCUGAUAGCUUCUUUGUUCUGGUGUGGGUUGUGAAAAAGAAUCGAAAACCGCUUCCUGUGCAGGCACAUCUCGCCUUGAAAGCUCCAGUACUGGGGCGGUGAAUCGGGGCAAGUCUUAAAAUAC